GUGCGCUUGUACUGGAACAGCUGCAGUGCGGGUCCCGGCGCGAGCCUGCACGCCAGUGAAAGAUAGGCAGCCGCCAGGUGAAUUGAGGCAGCCCCUUACAGGCAGCGAUGGGCUGCGGCCCCUCUCACGACCUUACGACGCCUCUGUACCUCUCCUGCGAUAUUGGCCAGGUCGACGCGGUGCGGCUUUUGUUAGAUAAAGGCGCGGACGUUAAUCAGGCGUAUAAGGACGGCGCGACGCCGCUGCACCUCGCCUGCUCGCGAGGCCACCUCGACGUGGCGCGGCUGUUGCUGGAGAAAGGCGCGGAGGUCAAUCGGCCGGACAAGGACGGUAGGACGCCGCUGUUGAUCGCCUGCUCGCGAGGCCACGUCGAGGUGGUUUCACUGCUGCUGGACAAAGGCGCGGAGGUCGACCGGGCGGUAGAGAAGGGGGACUGGAAAGGUACAACGCCGCUGUUCGCCGCCUGCUGCAACGGUCACGUCGACCUGGCGCGGCUGCUGCUGGAGAAAGGCGCGGACGUUAAUCAGGCGGACAAGGACGGUAGGACGCCGCUGCACCUCGCCUGCGCGGCAGGCCACCUCAACGCGGCACGGCUGUUGCUGGAUAAAGGCGCGGACGUUAAUAAGGCGGACAAGGACGGUAGGACGCCGCUGAUCGUCGCCUGCCAGAACGGCAACGUCGCCCUGGCGCCUCCACCUAUCCCGCCGCGGUCACCCGGCGGCACCGUGACGCUCGCCGACGGGACCGUGAUCCACUCGUCGGUGGCGCCCGCGCUGCCGCCGCGCGACUUGCCGCCUGUGCCAUCGGCGUCGGGCGAUCUGCUGGGGCUGUUGCUGGAGAACGGCGCGGAGGUCAAUCGGGCGGACAAGCACGGGCAGACGCCGCUGUACAUCGCUUGCACGAAGGGCCACGUCGACGCGGCGCGGCUGCUGCUGCAAAAAAACGCGGAUGUUAAUCGGGCGAAAAUGAACGGUACGACACCGCUGCACCUCGCCUGCGCGGCAGGCCACCUCGACGCGGCGCGGUUGUUGCUGGACAACGGCGCGGACGUCAAUCGGGCGAUGGAGAACGGUGUGACGCCGCUGAUCGUCGCCUGCGAGAAGGGCAACGUCAACGUGGCUCGGCUGCUGCUGGAGAAAGGCGCGGACGUCGAUCGGGCGGCGGAGGGCGGGUUUACGCCGCUGUACAUCGCCUGCAUGACAGGCCACGUCGACGUCGCGCGGCUGUUGUUAGAUAAAGGCGCGGCGGUUGACCUGGCGGACGAGGACGGCGAGACGCCGCUGGCCAUCGCGAAAUUGUUCGACCACGCGGCCGUCGUCGCGCUGCUCGCGGAGCAUCGGAAUUCAACGCGCUUCCUCGGGGAGUCCCGACCACUACCACUCGGGCCGCCGCGCCCCCAACGGCAGCAGUCGGACGUCCAGUGCUCUAUCUGCCUCGGACCGUACAUCGAACGCGCGUGGACGAAGUGCAACCACAGCUUCUGCCGGAGGUGCAUCACGGAAGUGUGUCGGACGAACCCGCCGACGAAUCGAGCCCCGUGUCCGUUUUGCAGGCAGCCCGUGCUCUUGGGCGAGCUUACGAGACGACCGAGGGGCAUUUAA